AAGAACAAAAAAAAAUACGUAAACAAACAAUUGAAGAUAUCAAAGAACAAAUCAAACCAAUAAAUAAAAUUGUUAUAGAUGCAUUUGUUAAUUCAGGAACUGCACCGCAUAUAAUCAAAGAACUUUACAACACGAUUCGUGAUAGUCAAAAGAAAUCGUUCAAGAGGUGUUUUACUUCUUGCAACAUCUAUAUUUAUGGUAACUCGAGAACUGGAAAGGAUUACUUGACACAAAUACUUUUUCCUGACGCAUAUCACAAAUCGCAAAAUGACAGAAUAUGGUUUCAAGGAUAUGACGAAAAUAAAGUUUUUGUAUUUGAUGAUUUUUAUAAUCAUAACAUGGAGUUUUUAACUUUAUUGACAUUAAUUGAUAACAAACCACACACCGUACAGAAAAAAGGAGGGCAUCUAAAUUUUUGUUCGUUUGUAAAUAUAUUCACGUCAAAUACAUCUUUGCGAAAUCAAUAUGUCUAUUUCGAAGAUAUACCAUAUUUUGGGAAUGAGACUGUUAAAAUAGAAAACAAAAGAAAAUAUUUUUCAAUUUAUAAUCGAUUUGACUAUAUCAUUGAGUACAAAAAGUUUAGAAAUGAUGAUGCACGUCCUUGUACUUUUGAGUAUCUUUGUUGUUCAGUACAGAGAAUUUUUCAAAAAGGCUCAUAUGAAGAUUUUGUCAAUCUUCGAUUUGAUAUUGAAUUCAAUUCAGAUGUUACUCUCGAACAAAUUGCUUAUAUAAUCAGGGAUCAUAAUUCAUUAGAAGAUGGUAAAGGAAUUCGAUAUUACAACCAUAAUUUUAACUCACAAGUUGAAAAAUUUAAAUUAAUAGACUAUAGAAUUGAAAAUAAUUUACAUGUUGAUACGAUCGUAUAUCCUGAAAAUAAACUUGAUUAUGUAAUUAAAAAUUUAAAUAAUGAUGAAAAAUACGAUUCAGAUGCAUCAAUAUCUUCAUUGUCUUCUAACGAUUCUGAAACAACAAGAC